AUGGGGGCAGCAGUUAGAAGCAGCAUAGUUAAAAGUAUUGAGCUUUACCUAGAUCUAGGUCCACAAAUGGUGGUUAUUUCCUCGGUUGGCCUUGCUGCUUCGUCUGCAGUUAUGCAAAAUCAUAUUGUGGAAAAGAGCAAGUUCAACAAGAAAAAGUUACCUGGAAUUCUCAUCAGCUCUGCAGUUUUUCUUGUGGCAACGUUACUAAUUGGAUUGAUAUUGUAUAUACGGAACAAGAAACUCAGAAGCCAAGGAGUUAGAAGCAUAGAUUGCACAAAAGAUUACCUUGGAGAAGACAGGGAAGACAUGGAGUUACCACCACUAUUUGAUUUGAGCACCGUAGCUAAAGCCACCGAUGACUUUUCAAGCCGCAACAAGCUGGGAGAAGGUGGUUUUGGACCUGUGUACAAGGGUACAUUGAUCGGAGGGAAAGAAAUUGCAGUAAAAAGGCUUUCGAAGAAUUCCGGGCAAGGAAUGAUAGAGUUCAAAAAUGAAGUUAUACUGAUAGCAAGACUUCAACAUCGCAAUCUUGUAAAGCUCUUGGACUUUGGCCUCGCUAAAACAUUUGGUAGUGAUCAAAGUCGGGGUAAUACAAAAAGAGUGGUUGGAACGUAUGGUUACAUGUCUCCCGAAUAUGCAGUAGAGGGAAUUUUCUCGAUGAAAUCUGAUGUCUUUAGCUUUGGAGUUAUACUGCUGGAGAUGUUGAGUAGGAAGAAGAACAGGGGAUUUUCUCAUCCAGAUCACCACCUUAACCUUCUUGGACAUGCAUGGAUACUAUGGAUUGAAGAUAAACCAUUGGAACUGAUUGAUAAGACAUUAGGUGAUUCGUGCACCAUAUCUGAAGUGUUAAGGUGUCUUCAUGUGGCGCUGUUAUGUGUGCAAAGAGUACCUGAAGAUAGACCAAGCAUGUCAUCUGUGGUUCUAAUGUUGAGCAGUGAUGUUACCUUGCCUCCACCGAAACAGCCUGGUUUUUACACUGAACGAAGUGUCUCUGGAUCACCAUUAAGGACACGCCUGUGUUCAGCGAAUAAUUCCAUUACAACAAUAGAGGCUCGGUAG